GAUUUCACAUUUUCGAGCUUGACAUUGACAGCUUUUCUAAAUUUUUUGAAUGAAAGUUUUUGUAAUAGGCGUAGAUAGCAAUUUACGUAGUCAUACAAUAAAAUAAAUAUCAUGAUGUGUACCUUAUCACUAAUGAAUCAGGAGGAAUGUCACACUUUAAUUAGGCUAUAAAAUGGCAGAACCAGUCCCAGCGAAUCAACCAGUUCAAGAAAGCACUUCAUCAACAGUAACAAUCGUCGCUGCUGCCGAUGCACAGGACAGCAACAUACCUACCCUCCAUUUGAAAUUGAAGAAACCAAAAAAUGAUAAGAAAGUUCAAUGGACCAAUGAGACUGUCGACAAUGAAGACAUGAACAAGAAGAAAUCGAGCUGUUGCUGUAUAUAUACGAAACCCAAAACAAUUGAAGAUGAAAGCAGUAGUUCUGAUGAUUCAGAAGACGAAUGUGAUCAUUGUAAGGGGCACAUAGAGAAAAAGAAGCAUAAGCGAAGUAAAGGCGAUUCGUCGCACGAUCACAUUCCCAACUGUAGUUCCAAUGAAAAUCACGUCGAAGCAAAUCUUAACGGACAGUCUUCUUUGUCAAAUUAAAUAUCAAUGGUGUGAUAGGUUUUUUAACUUUUUUAAGUGUCUUAAAUAUUGUGAUUUUAAGCUUCCUUUAUCCAUUAAUGUCAAUCCCAGAAAUGCUCACAUAGAAUGUUUAAAUGGAAAUACUCGAAGUUAGGUAACAAUAAUAAAUAAUAUUUAUUCGCAAUAUUAUACCCACACAAUAUAAAUAUAAACUUUUUGUUAAUAAAUAGUCCUAUGUA